GAACCCAGAAAUUCUUUCCCCCUGCUGGAAAACCUGGAUCUGCUCUGUCCUUCCUCUCUUGUCCGCCGGCAGCUCCUGCUUUAUGGGGGCGAAUUGCUUUGAAUUUUCGGUAAGAACAGCCCCUAAUUUCCUUUGUUCUUGCUUGAAUUGGCUUGGGUUAACUUUGAUUGCUCUUGUUCCUCCAAUUUUUGGGUAGUUCCGUGAGCUUCCCCCUGCAGAUUCCGCCGGCCUUCCCCAAUUUGCUAGCUCCGGUUCCUUGCUUGUAAAUUCUGAGAAAAUCCCGUGAGAUUAGUUAGUGUUUUGGCCAAUUUGUGGGAGUUGAGUUACUGUUCACGUCGGGUCACUGUUCACCGGUUACUGUUCACACCCCGAGGGCCAACAUUUAACGGGAAUUUAAAUGAUUAGUUUGUGAUAUGAGAACGAAUUUGGAGAUGUCCGAUCAUGUGGAAAGUGAUAGAAAUAGCAUUGUGAUUAGGAAUGAUCCUAAUGAUGAUUUCAGCUUGAAUUUGUGAUAGUCCGGUAUUAAUUGUGGAUAUUUUGAUUAGGUUCUUGAUCAUCAUGUCAGUUUAGUACGUGAAUUGAGUGCUCGGUUUUAUGCAAGUGAGGUAAGUAAAUUUAUGGUAAUGCCCGUACUGUUUUAAAAACAUGUUUUGAUUUGUUUUUGAAGUGGUGGCGGGACUAAACCCGUUUUACACGAGCAUGACUGAUUUAAAGUGAAAUGUUUUAUGCUUUCAUGAAAUUGAGCAUGCCUACUUGAAAUUUGAGUGACUGUCCUGAUGAUCUGAAAGUGAUUGUGAUUUGUGAUUUUCCUGUUAACUUCUGCCUGUUUUGUCUCCGAUGUGGUCAUGUUAUUCGUGACCCUGCUAGUGGGGGAGGUUAUAAACGCUAGCACAUGUCGACAUGUAGUGAUAGAGCCGGUUCGUUCAACCCAGCUAGUGGGGGUUAUACACCAGCAAAUCGUGGCCCUGCUAGUGGGGAUUAUACAUUGGCCGUGACCUAUAGAGGAGACGUCUAUUUCGUGCCCGUAUUGUAUUUGUUUUCGUGAUUGUACUUGUUGGCAUGCUUUAAGUUUGAUAAGGGGCACUCCAUAUUUAUUUACUGAGUUUAUCUCAUAGUUUUUCCUUGUCCACCAUUUGAGGAAGUGAAAUCGAGGAUGGGGAAACCACGGGAAGUGACGAGUUAGAAGGCUAGCCAUAUUGUAAUUGGAUAUAAAUUUUAGAAAUAAAUCAUGAUCUUGUAAACCAGUGUAUUUGGAGAUUUAUGAUAUCAGAGAGAUUUUAUAAUUUGAUCUUCAGAUUUUGAUGGUAUCAAAGUGUGAAUAUGAUAAGUUCCGAGUCUUGUGCAUUUGUGGGACCCGUCUCACGAGUGCACGGCGUCUGUCGUGUCUCGAAAUUGGGUUUUGGGGCGUGACAGAUGAUGAUAAGAAGGGUGAAGAAGAAUCAAACAAAGAAGUUGAG